AUGCGUGCUGUCGUCUUCUGCUUUGCUCUAGUGUCAUCUGCUUCUGCUGGAGCGUUUACAGAUAUGAAUUGUACUAAUGGCGAUUCUACUACACCUACAUUUGUCGCAACAGCAACUGUCUGCGAGGACAAGUUCGCUACCGCUUCAUGCGCACAGCUUUUCGGAACUGCUGUCGUUCCGUUGGGUACAACCGACCGAGAUGCUAAAUGCAAUACUGAUGCUAAUGGUAUUAGUGAAGAUGUGAAACAGCUCGCCAUUUCUACUUGCCCUAAAAGUUGUGGAUAUUGUUGUGAGGCACCAGAGUACAAGUGCGCAAACAAGCAAUUCCCUAGAACUAAGUGUGAGACGGUCACACAAGCACAAUGCAAGGAUAGCACUUGGAGGCCAAUUCUGGCUGAGGACUGUCCAGCAGUUUGCGGUCUCUGUCUUGAAGGAGGAUGUGUUGACAAAGCGAUUGAAUGCAAAAACGAUCCAGCCAUAUGCAGACAAAUUGACAUGCAAGUCUUCGUUAAGGAGAACUGCCAGCGAACUUGUGGAUACUGCCCUGAAUCCACUACUGUUGCGGCAGGCGGUAGCACCGCUGGUUCUAUUGUAGCCAGUACUGCAGUUGUGCCAGCUGGAAGACCAACGGUUUUUGCGGUAACACGUUCUACACCAUGGAUCAGAGGAAAUCGUACUGUGGUAAAACGUGCAACCUUUGCUGAAACAAUCUGCCGACAUAGAACCGCGACGCACAAGGACUCAAUUUAG